UUGAUCAAAGGGGGAUAGAGGCCAACCUAGAGAAGAUACAGGCGGUUAUUGACAUGAAUUUCACCUCGCACUGUAAAGGAAGUACAGAUAUUAACCGGUUGUCUGGCGACAUUGGGGAGAUACCUCAGCCGGUCAGGCGACAAGUGCCUCUAUUUCUUCCAAGCAAUCAGAAAGAAGACCAUGUUUGAAUGGGGGGAUGAUGCUAAGGCAUCCUUCCAAAAAUUGAAAGAGCAUUUGCAUUCCCUGCCAAGGCUUGUCAACCCUUUACCCAAGGAGACGCUUUACAUGUACUUAGCCAUUUCAGAUCAUUCUCUCAGUGUCGUUCUCCUUGCUGAGAGAAACGACAAUCAGCUCCCGGUCUAUUUCAUUAGCCAUAUGCUUCGAAAUGCAGAGCUCUGGUACUCUAUGAUUGAAAAAUUCGGUCUCGCCUUGUUCAUGACAGUCAAGAAGUUGAAACCUUACUUCUUGGCACAUCCGGUGGUAGUCUAUACAGAUUAACCCCUCAAGCGGUCAAUGACAACUUUAGAGUCAUCCGGCCGAAUGCUUAAAUGGGCUAUUGAAAUGCAAAGUCUUGAAAUCUCUUUCGAACCGAGGAAGGCAGUGAAGGAACAGGCGUUCACACUUCAUUAUUGAAAUGCCAAGGCCAGUUGAGCCGGAAAAUCUUGAUCAUAUUUGAAAGGUGUAUGUAGACGGGAGCUCUACUAUGAAUGGAUGUGGUGCAGGGAUAAUAUGUCAGUCUCCUGAGGAGGACAAGUAUGAAUAUGCACUGAGGUUUUAGUUCCAGGCCUCGAAUAAUGAGGCAGAACAUGAAGCCUUGUUAGCUGGCAUCCGCAUGUGCAAGGCGGCAGGGGCAAGAAAAAUUGAUGCCUGCUUUGAUUCUCAAUUGGUUGUUAGCCAAUACCAUGGUCACUAUGAGGCCACUCAUCCGGCUAUGAUCAAGUACUUGCAGGCUGUCAGGACAGAAGCUGGGACACUUGAUGAAUUUCAUCUAAGUCAAGUGCCCCCGUCGGAGAACAAUCAGGCAGAUGCUCUUUCCAAGUUGGCAUCAUUCGCCUCCUGUCAUACACCUUAGUCAGUCUUCUGGGAGGUAAUGGAAAAGCGAAGUAUUGAGGAAGAUCCCAUUGGCGUUCUUAACCGGAGUUCAACCUAGAUGGACGGUGUUUCGGGGUUUUUUGAUGUGUCCUGCGGGAGAGUUACGAUUCCAAGACUAAGCUGCCGGUGCCUGUACCUGGAAGAUCACGAAGACUCCGGUUGGUAGGAGCUUCGCCUCCGACGAUCAAAUUAGUAUACGUACAGGAGAAAAGAAUACGGAAUAGGUUAAAUUCUUCUCGCUGAUUGGGAGAAUUCCGCAAUUAAUAUUGCUCGGUAAUAGUGUUUAUAUUUUUGAAUGCCCCAUUAAUGAGGUUUGCCCCACUAUUUAUAGUAGGACAGACAAGUCCCCCAUGGAGGGUACCAAGGACACGUGUCAAUAGGGGAUUGGAGCCCUUUUGACUAAUGGUGAUGCGCCACGUGUCACCAGCCUAUUGGGCCACAUGUCUAGGAUAAUUUUUACCCUAAACAUUUGCCCUUCAUAGGUGCUGACGUGGCUGUGCCACAUGGCACCUGUGAAGAACUCUUUUUUUUUUUUUAAUCUCUUGGAUUAUGGCUGUUUGGGUGAAAAGGCGGGAAAAGCAGAAGGUGAAGAGUCGGGACUCUUCGCCUUCUGAGGAGAGGCCUAUAAAUAGGCAAGUCCCCUCCUCGAACCCUCAUUUACUAACUUUGCGAAUUUUUUGAUUUUCGAGAGCAACCGGUAUUUGAGAGUAUUUCUGAGAUAAACACUGCGUGAUCAUCCGGUUUACAACCGUCUGAGGGGUUGGAUAGCAAGCCAAAUUUUCACCUACACUUCAAACAACACAGCCGGCUCAAGUGACGCCUGUGUCUUUGCAAGCAAUCCCAAGAAAUUCUUAGCGACCAAGCGGUUUUUCUCCUUCUUUCUUUUAGGUACCGCCUCUAUUCUUUCAAGCUCUUCCAUGUAUUUUCGCUUGAUUCUUUUGUUUAUUUUCUCGUUUAUAUGUCCCAUAGUUAGAUGGACCUUUUAUACCCCCAUCCGGAACAUAAUAAUGAGACCAGCCGGUCUAUUAGUAUGGCUGAGUCCAGAAUUGGAAACACCGACUGUAACCUCUUGGAUUUGCCUUGUUUAUCUCCCAAUCCGACCGUCUCCGUGUCUGUGCAGGACACAAUGGCCAGAACCAGGAAGACGGUUGUGGACCCCAAUUAUAGAGGCGGUGGCUCUGACGAGUUGCCGCCUGAUGAGAGGGCCCCUAAUGAGACAGCCAUGGGAUCUCCUAGAGGUAUUCCCAGCACGCCUAGUGAUAGCAUUCUAGGCUCUGGUCAGGGAGGCGGUGAGGAAGUCGCCUCCGUUGAACGAAGAAACUCAUCCCAAGAGGCAUCCUCCUCUGCUUCUGGCUCUACUCUCGAUCCCGUGGAGAGGAGCUCUAUCUAUCUAACGCCAUCCGUUGAUAGUGAGGAGGAGGAGAGACCCUCCUGGCAAACCAAGGGUGAUCCUUUGAUGAUCACCGUCUCUACCAAAGACAGAGCCAUGAUGCAGAACAAUUUGGCCGAUUUCGUCCUCAAGCGGCCCCUUGGAACGGGAUAUAGACUGGUGGUCCCGCCUGCGAAGGGGACAAUUGCUUGGGAAGAUGACCAGUGCAAUGCAGACGACUGGUUUGGCUGCUACGAGGCGGCAUUCUUGGCGGGGCUCCGCUUCCCCCUUCAUGACACAAUAAAGGCCAUACUAAGGGGGUAUGGCUUGGGCAUCUGGCAACUCACCCCCAAAUGUUGGGUGAAUAUUCUCGGGUACAUCGCCGCCUGCGAAAUGCAGGAUCUGAACCCCGGAUGGGAGGCGUUUGCCCAUAUGCACUACUUGAGUAGGAGCCCAGGCGGCUGGAGAGCCUGGUACACCCUGACCACCUACCCCCAGUACCUUAUGACACUUGACAAACCGUCUAAGUGGUUGGACUGGAAGAGCCACUUCUACCUGGUCAAGGCUCCUACAAAUGAGGAAAACAGAGAGUUCCCGACAUACAACCGGAAACCUGAACUUUUGGGGCAGAAAUGCCAGAUGCCCCCAGUGCCGGAGAGGGAUAGGGAAGCAAUCCUGGACUCCCACUUUUUUGAGCUCGUCCCUUCCACCCUCUCAACCGGAGAGGUAAUAAGGGUGCCCAAACAUGAGUUUCUAAGGGACGAGGCCUUUUUGUCCGCCUGCGGGCUUAGCAGCAUGUUCGAAAAACGUAGGUUAAAAGCCUCAUCCGGCGUGUUAAUGCUGGAUGACUAUUUUCUCUUGAUUACAAUGCUUGUUUGCUAUUGUCUUGACCUUGACCGGACGUAUUUGAUUUGUGUUUUGCAGAAGAAGCAAAGAACAUGUUGCCAACAGAGAAAAUGCCUGCUAGGAAGGCUUCAGACAUCCGCAAGGAGAAUCUGGAGAAAAAGCUUGCUGCUCAGGCGGCUAAGAAGGAUGGGAGCAAAGCUCCUCGCUCCUUGCAAAAGCAGAUUCGGCCGAAGCCGACUGUAGAGGAGCCUGCAUCUAAGGUGCAAAAGACCACAUCCACCGCCUGGCCCUCUACCGGCGGUAAAUCAAUAAAUACGCAAACAAGAGGAGGUAAGGAGAGCCAAACGUUCUGCGGAUGACGCACAUAACGUUGCUGAAUAUUCAAUGAUUGUGCAUGACUUAGAAACUAAAUCUAUAAUCAUGCGACAGGUGGACCAGGUUAAGACCCUCCAAAAUGCCCUCAAUGAGUCCAAGAACAAAUUGGACAAUCUCAAGGUGGUGUUGGACAAUGCCGAGAAGGAGCUCAAGGACCAUGAGGAGCCCCUCAAACGGCUAGAUCAGGCGGAGAAGACAAGCACCCGCCUACAGAAAGAGAAUGACCGCCUGAUCAAAGAGGCAGCUGCUGCAAAGGGCAACUUCCAGGCCACCCUUGAAGCAGAACAGAACCGGCUCAUUGAGGAGAAUGAGCAAGACUGCGAGAACAGAAUGAAGAGGGCGUUCUCCAUUAUCCAUCCGGGUACAGACUACAACGUCUGGGAGCUCGCCUACAAAUAUGCAGAUCUCGCCAUUCUGGCUGAAGAGGGGGGUCAGCCGGGGCCUGAACCCUAUGAGAAGUGGGUUGAGGCGGAGUUCAAAAGGAUGGAGGAGGAAGCGGCUGCUAAUGAGGAGGCAAUUGAAGAUGAAGUUGCUCCUGGCUCCGUCCCCACCAUUGAUCCGUCACACCCGGAAGGGACUCAGGCUUCGGAGGACCGGGUGACCGUGCAGAUAGAAUAGCAACGACCUCCCGGCCUGCGCGCCAAGCAUUAUCUUGUAAUCGCGCCGGAUGAGUCGGCUUACUCUGCCAUUGUAUUUUAUUUUGAAUAUUAAUAUAUAUAUUUUCCCACCGGCUGUGCCGGUUUUGUUGAA